AUGGAGCACUUCGAGGGCAUCCUCGACCAUUACGCGGUCCUUGGCUUGGAGCAAGGCUGCUCACCGGCCGAUAUUCGGAAGGCCUUCCGAGCGAAGGCCUUGCGUUGGCACCCGGACAAGGCGGGCACCGGCGCAGAGGCGAAAAGGCGCUUUCAAGAAGCAGCCGAUGCAUAUGAGGUCCUCGGUGAUGAAGAGAAGAAGAAAGCCUAUGACUUUCAGCUGCAACAAACUGCAAGGCAACAAGCUGAGAGUCAACAAGCUGAGAAGGCUCGGGCCUCGCCGCCUAAGCCUCCACAAUCUUCACCCCACACCCAGAAAUCUCCUGAAUAUGCGAAUUAUGCAAAGCCCGAGAGCCGAAAGCCUCCACACGGCUAUGCUGGCUACCCAAACUAUCCGGGCUAUCCAUUCCCCAAGCCUGCUUACGCGACUCACCGUGACACACGGCCCACCUAUGCAGAGGUGCACGGCCACCGGCAGCCCCGCCCCGAUGCUGAAGCUGGUGCCACGUGCGAAACGCGCGAAGUCAGGCCAAGCGUGCACGAUCCUCGGCCAACGGCGGCAGAACUGAACCCACAGGGCUUUGGGCCGCCCUUCCGGGCCACGGUCUCAGAUUUGACGACUCUGGCGAGCUUUACGCAUGAGGGAGCAGUUUGGGUUCCAAAGGUCAGGGAUGUGAAAUGGUGUAGACCUGGAGAUGGUGCGCGUGUCCAGUUGUCAUUCGUUGCAGACUACACUUCUUCCAGAAGCAGAGUCAAUAGAGGUUCUCGUCUUUUGCAGCUCCUCCAGAUUUCAAGCUGUGAUGCCUUGCAGACCUCAUUUCAGGAACACUUGGACCGAGUGGCAGGGUGUUGCAGUUGCCGGCACUUCCGCAUGCAGCUCAUAGAUUCUGGCGGACGCGGUGAGGUGCAGUUCCGUGUCAAGCUUUGCUUGGAAGGGGACACUGGCGACCUGCUGCGGAGCUUUGACACAGCCUGGGAAGUGGCACCCUCACGGAAGAUGAAAGAUUGCCCACUGAUGUAG